GUGCAGGGUGCGGAUAUAAUGAUUUAAAGGUUUUCAAUAAUAUUGACGUUAAGUUGGAGGAACGCUGUGAAGGAGUUAGUGAACAAGUGCGGUGUUAGUGAAUAAUGUGAGAGAGGCGGUGGUGGGUGAGAGGUAGGAAGGUGGUGGCCCCCCCCCCCUACUGCCACGGUUAGUGCCACUCACUGAGAGGCAGCAACAUGCCCUCAGUGACCCCUCUGGAGUCGGGACUCCUGCCGGGCUCUCCUCCCCCGCCCGUAAGUCCCGCCACCUCCAUGGAUCUAAGCGGGUCGCUCGGGGACGUAACCCUCACCUCACAGUGUUCCGUCGAGUCUCUGGGUUCCCUGGACAGCGGCCACAGCUCCUCUGCUGAGAAUGGUGGCACAGAGAGCCAGGCAGGCAGCCCCGCCCCGGGCUCCAGCAGUCCUACGCCUGUCAACAACACGCGGCCGUCCACUACCACCAGCCCCACGCCCGGGAGCCCUCGGGUCUGCGGUAAACAGCCCGUCUACAGCCCCAGUAUCAGUGUGUCCUCCAUGGGCUGCCAGCACCGUCCAGUCUCCAGGAUCGGGAGAUCCUUGUCUAACACGUCCACUACUUCCAUCAAUUCCGAUGUAUCCAUAACUUCCAAUGAAACUAUCAGCUCGAAUGCUACGCUCAACUCUGUCGCCUCCGACAACACGACAGCGACCUCCACCUCCACCAGUUCCACAACCAUCGUUACGCCCAUCAAAUCCAAGGCAGAGUUAGACGCCUACAUUGACCAUCUGGACUCUCUGUGGUCCCAGGAGGACGAGUGGAUCAUGAUAUUUGAUAACCUUAUUAAAAACACGGAGGCGUCGACCAGGAGCCGGAGACACACCCACAGCCACUACCACAAGAACGGCACUACCAGCUACCACUCCUCGCCCUACACCUCCCCCUACAAGACAGGCAAAGCUGAGGAUGAGGUGGACAGAUCAAGUCGUUCCCUGCCCCGUCGCCCACUUGCUCUUCGCAAGAAGGUCAAAUCGGGGGGCAGCAAAUCACGAGCCAGCAGUGCCCCACCUGUCAGAAGAUCCGUCCUGGGUGCUGCUCUCCCACCUAAAAGUGCUGGAGCAGGGGAGAGUGGUGGUAGUGGUGGUGGGGGCCCACGGACAACAAUCAAGAGAGUACCAUCCAUCACUCGAGGGAGAAUAGGCUCUUCUUCCUCAAAUACAGCUGCUGCUGGAGCUGUUGAUGAAGCAUCUUUCUUUGCCUUAUUUGAGGAUACUCCAAAGGUCACCAUAUAUUCUACUCGGGAAUUAGAAGAUACGCUAACUAAAAUUCGAGAGGUCAUCUCUAGCGCCAACAAUGACUGGGACAAGAGAGUAGAAGCUCUGAAGAAAUUACGAAGCACGUUGAUUGCUGGUGCCCCUAGCUAUGAAGAAUUCUAUCCCCACCUUCGCCUUCUAGAACCUGCUAUGCAGUUGUCCAUCAAAGAUCUCAGGUCACAGGUGGUGCGUGAGGCGUGUGUCACUGUGGCAUACAUGUCUCAGGAGCUCCAUCAUAAAGUUGAUCAUUUGUGUGAAACUCUCCUACCAAGCCUUAUUAAUUUAAUACCCAAUAGUGCUAAGGUGAUGGCAUCAUCUGGUAUCGUAACAAUUCGAUUUAUCAUACAAAACACUCACCACCAUAAAUUAAUUCCAAUCCUCUUACGAGAGUUGACUAGCAAGAACAGAGAAAUCCGAAAAGUGCUGUGCGAAGUUUUAGAUCAACUUGUACAUACGUGGCCCACACAUUCUAUGGAGAAGCAUGUUGCCAUUCUUGCCGAAAACAUAAAGAGAGGAAUAACAGAUGCAGACCCAGAAGCUCGAGCAUUCUCUAGAAAAGCAUAUUGGGGCUUCGCUGAUCAUUUUAAAGAUGAGGCAGACAAAUUGUUGAAUUCCUUAGAUCCAAGCUACAAGAAAAUGCUGCAGGGUGAGAUAAGCAUGUCUAACUCCUCCUCUUCACAGUCACUGCACAACUCUCACAAUAAGUCAGCUGGUACACGUUCUGGAUGGUCACGCUCUUCGUCAACAACUGGAAGCACAGAGAACCUUGCAGCACUAACAUCAAGGAUGUCCCUGAGUACCACUCGCCGAUCUGCUAUUCCCACCCCUGCCUCUCAUCGCUCACAAGAUUCCCCAGAUUCCCCUACCCCCUCCCUUACUCCAACAAACAACUUUCGGUCCAACAGUGCCAUUGAUCUGCAAGCUGCCAGGCGUGCACAAGCUCGUUCACAAUAUGCCCAAACCCAGAGACUCAAGGUGGGCUCUGGAGCAUCACUACGAACUGAAGGAGAGGACAAAGCACGUCCAAGAAAAACGUCCGAACAUCCGCCCAUCAGCUCCAUUACAUCUCCUGAUCGUAUGGGAAGAUCCAGAAGCCGAGGUGGUGUCUCACAGUCCCAACCUGGCAGUAGAAGUGGCUCACCAUCAUCACGGCUUAGUUAUGCUACAUACUCUUCGCCUGGAGACUCGGGCACCUUAGGGCGUUCUCGCCGCAGAAGUGGUAUUCCACGUUCUACUGGUACUUCACGCGAACCAUCACCUAACCGUUACAGUGGAUUAAGUGGCAUAUCACCUUCUAAAUCACGUUCAAGAUCAAUUUCGGGUGCAUCAGAAAUGCCUCCCCAGGUGCCAGGAAAAUCAAGACAAGUGAUGGCUCAGAAAAUCUUGCAGCAAAGCCGUGAAGCAGAGAGUGCGUUAGCAGAUGCUCUAGUUAGUCUACCACCUGGAGGAGUCCUUGUGAGUACCAGUCCGUGGUACAUGAGUCUGCAUCGAUCUCCAAACAGAAAGAUGUACGCAAAAGCCUUUGAGGACCAGUCUGACAAUGACAGUGAAACAUCCAGCGUCUGUUCUGAGCGUUCUUAUGAUUCCUGCAGGAGAAACGAUCUAUUCUGGUACGGAUCACAGCAACGUAUACUCAAAGAAGUGUGGGAGCCAACAGCAAAGAUGCAGGACGUUAGCGAUAUCAUCUUAAAUUGCGCAUCAACUCAUUGGGGUGAUCGGAAAGAAGGCCUGAUGGCUUUGCAAGCAUUCCUACGUGGCUCUCACAUGCUUACGGGAUCAGAACUGAAACGUGUCACCGAAAUCUUCACCAAAAUGUUUAUGGAUGCACAUACCAAAGUCUUUACCUUAUUUCUUGAUACUCUGAUGGAGUUGAUCAUGGUGCACAAGGCAGAUCUUGGGGAUUGGCUCUAUGUUUUGCUUACACGUUUGCUUAACAAAUUGGGCUCUGAUCUUCUAGGGUCGGUGCAGACCAAAAUUCACAGAACUUUAGACUUAGUGAGAGACUCAUUCCCAUGCGACCAACAGUUCAUUGUUAUUAUGAGAUUUCUUGUUGAUCAAACCCAGACACCAAAUUCUAAAGUGAAAGUGGCAACUCUCACAUAUCUCAAGUGUUUAGUGGAUGUAAUGGAGCGAGGAGACCUAACUGCGUCUCCUGAUACUCCUAUGGCCUUAGCUAAAAUUUUAACUUGGACGGCAGACCAGAAAUUCCUUGAUAUCAGAAGAGCAGCUUCAGCAGCUUUCAUUGCAAUGUUUAACUGCAACAUCACAGAAUUUACAGCACUACUACAGCAACUUCCUCCAGCCUGCCAGAGCACUGCAUCACAAAUCAUUCAAAGUCAUUUAAAAAGAGCCUCCAGCCUUGAUGCUUCACCCUCGUCUUUACCCCCACGCACUCCACCAAGCUCAGGAGGAACUCCUGUCCUGCAGAGCCCGAAUACCUCUCUCCCGCGAUCGCAUCGACCAUCACGAUAUAAUACUAUUGAUUUUGAUGACACAGAAAAUCUUAAUCCAGAAGAAGUAUACAGGAGUUUGAAACGCACAACAGCAGAGAUCCAAAAUUAUAGCUUCGACCUUGAGAGUUUAGAAAAACAUAGAGAUUCUACAUCACAGGAUUCAGGGAUAAGCCAGUUGUCAGCCGGUGGUGGUGACAUUCGAAAUAUUGAUGCAAUGGAUGAUAAACAUUCUGAGGAUACUAAUGGCAUUCUUUCGGGAAGAUCCUCAAGUGUAUCAUCUCCUACACACCGUCAGCUCUCCAUGAUGUCAGAUUCCUCAAGAAAUGGCUUGGAUACACUCACUGAUGAUGAUUUGGGUAGAGGGGAUGGACAAGAAAGUGAUGCUGAAAUAAUGUCAGGGGUUGUAGCAGAGCUUGGCAAUGCAGAUGAAGGUCGGUCUGCUGAGAAACGUAGUGCCCUGACUAGCCUUAUAAGAUUGGCACGCACUGGGUCUACUCUUGUAUGGAAUGAAAAUUUUCGUGCUGUCUUGCGGCUGUUGUUAGAGUGUCUCACGUGCGAUGAUGGUGGUCAGCGAGCCCUGGUGCUAGCAGUACUCACUGAAAUGAUGCGGAGAAGUCCAUUAGUUCAUCACUUCCUUAGUUUUUCUGAGCUAAUCAUUCUUAGAGUACUUAAUGCACAUGCUGAUAAAGAAAAGGAAGUGCUCCGGGCAGCUUCUGUUUGUGCCGGUACUGUAGCAGAGAUACUCCCUCCUGAAGUGGUGAUUCGUGUCUUGAAACCUCUGAUACAAAUGGGGGAAUACCCAGUCAAUCAAGCAGCCAUUAAAAUGCUCAAUAAGCUGGUUGAGGCUCACCAACCAUCUAUCGUGGCUGCAGCUAUGCCAGAAAUCAUGCCUGGGUUAAUUAAGCUGGCAUACGACAACAAAGAAUCCUGUGUUCGCAAGGCAUCUGUGUUUUGCAUGGUAGCUCUUCACAAUGCAGUUGGUGAGGAAGCCAUGCGGCCGCAUCUUGAAACUCUUACUGGUUCCAAGUUAAAACUUCUAAAUUUGUAUAUCAAGCGUGCAGAGACACAAAGUUCUGGAGCAUCUUCUCCAAAGUCUGAGCCUCCUAUGUAAUAUAUUAGAAAAAAAAGAGGAGGUUGUGAUUUAGUGAGAUGGAUGUGCAUAAGUUCGGUCUUAAAAGUACAGUUAAAUGAUCCGAGUAUCACAAGACCGUCAUUCAUAGAUAUACUGAAAAAAGAGCAAGGGUUGGGGAAAAAAUUGUGAGGUAAAUUUACAGUUAAUUGAUUUAUCCUAAGUGUAGGGAAUAAAAUGAGCCAAAUAGUGAACAACUUUAAAUACAGAAUAGUGUAAACAGUCUUUUUAUUAAAAAUAAACUAAUGCAGUUCAUGGUAAGUGUGGCACAAAAUGUUAAGAGUUUAACUUUUUAGUUUUGAAAUGUGAAAUUUAUAUUGAAAUCUCAAAAAGAGAAUAUGCUAUGUAAAAUUAUGAAUUUUUCAUUGCAAUGUUUGUAAGGAAGAAAGUUCCCAUACGUGUAAAGAAUGUGGUGCCAGGUGGUUCUACCAUAGUUUUAUUAUUAGUUUUUACUGACCUAUUUGCUUACUUGGCAAUCUUUGUGUGAUAGAUUACUUUGUGAUUACUGAUAAAAUAGAUAUGGCUUUUUCUGGCAAAGUGAAAAUAUUAUAAACCAGUUCUAGGAUGUUAAGGAGCAGCCUUUGAGCAAUCUUGAUGCAUAUGUGCCAUUAGGGGUGCAGUUCAUGUUAACUAAAGGAGAUUACACUAUUACUGCCUAUCUUCAUUUUCUCCUGCAUGGUGUACUCUGUUAUAAGAACCCGAAGAUGGAUUUUCAUUGCCAGUGGAUAUGAUACAAUUAUUAACAAUAGUGUAAUUUGAUAUUAGGGGCUGGGAGCUAGUCAUUUGUGCUUGAAAGUGACAUCAUGAUAAUCUUGUAUGCCUUUUCUUAAUUGUAACCCCCUUUAGCUGACAUAAUGAUACUAAUGUAAUCGGUUUUUACUGGUCUGUGACUAUACAGUUGCUCUAAAUCAUGUUUGAUGGUCGACUUGGGUCUGAACAAAGCUGACUGUAAUGCCUGGCCUAAACGAUUAUCUGUUGCAAUAGUUAUGACUGAACAGUGGUUUGGGGCUAGUAUAUAUAGAUAGAUGUCUGGGGGCCCACCAUUCCAGUUUCCUGUGUGCCUGAUGUGGCUUGACAUGAAUGCUGGCUUGCCUUGGGCUGAGCUUAUGGUGGAAUGUGUGAUAGCGCAGUGUUUGUAAUAUAAUUCAUGUACAUAAUUUUUUUUCCCUCUAUGGUCAAGGAUUCUAAAUCUUGUAAUGCUAAUUUUUUUUUAAUGUAUCAAAUAUGCUACUUAACACCCACCAUCUCUAUUGAUCAAAUGAUUGUUAGGGAUCAUGAAUUUCUUUUUAAGUUCAUAAGAAAUUCACAUUUUACUUUAAUUAUGAUCAGCAAUUUUGAGCUGCAGGAUGUUUGUUCCUCCAAGGCACAAAUUCAUUCACAAUAGGGGAUUUGAGCUAAACCGAGCACUACACUGAAUAUUUACUCUAUACUACAAGCAUGAGCUAUAACUAACCUAUAUUCCGUUUGGUAUGUUGAUAAAGACUAAAACACACAAUGAACAUGAGUUUGAAAUUGGAUGACUACAAAUUAUUUUGUAAAGGUAUUAAUCAUAGAUGUGAGGUAAUAUAUUAUUUUUCAUACCAGGCUACUGAUGCCCCACUAUUCUAUAAAUCUUCAACAAAGUUUAAAUUUGUACCCAUUUUGGUACCUACUCAAAGUGAAUUGAAUAGGUUCUCAAGUACCUAUUUUUUUGUAACAUUGACUUAUACUCUUUUUGUACAGUAUUCUAAUUUUACUUGAGCUAAAACGUUUGCUACUUUCACAGACUAAAUGUGGUUUUUAACUGUUUAGUUGUAAAUUAAAGGUUAUAGGAAUGAUAGUUGGAAUAGCUUGCUAUUGCCAAAAUGUUUUGGGGCAGCCAAGCUGUUUCCUCCUCCUCCAUAUAGCAGAGCAUGUUACUUUGACAGGAAAGGCUGUUUUAGCCUUGGUAUUGUAUUAAGGUUUGGUAUAUAUUGUCUAUUUUGCCCAUUUAAAGCCAGGGUAAUUAGUUCAAAUUAAAGCUUUGAAAUAAGAAAAAAAUAUAACUUUUUGUUUGAGUGCUGCUCCUCUUAUAUUGUGCAUAAUUUUUUGUGUUAUUUAUUGAAACAAAGCUUUAAUUGAGGCCUUCCAUCUGUGGCUCAGGACUGCUGGUUUAGUCCUAUUUUUCAUUCAUAUUAAAGCUGUAUAUAAGGAUUUAUGUGCCAAUGAGUUCUCUUUUUCUAUAAUUGUGAUACUGUAGCUAUUUUUGUUGGAGUGUGAUGUGUAAAGUUGUCAGAAAGCACCAAGUAAUCCAAAAGUCAUAAACCUGUCUUUCAUUGGUUGCAUAAAUGGUAGUUUAUGCAUUAACAUGAUUAGUGAGAAAAUGUAUGACUUGAAGAUAUAGUAAUUAUAUUGACAGAUCAUUUUGGAAAAAAAAGCUUUUUUUACUAAUAUUGGCAUACUAAUGUUAUAUUGCAAUGUACUGCCAGAUUUAUUGCAACCAAUAGUUUAUACUGACCUCUAAAAUGAAAUCAUGCAUAAGGCUUACUAAUUUAAUACAGCAACAAUAGACAACCAAUUUUUAAGGUGUGGCUAUUAAAAAGGCAUUAAAUUUUUUGGUCAGUAACUAAGAUUUGAGAUGGUUAUCAUUGAUGAUAUUAAAAAUUUACCUUAUAAUGCAGUUUCUCUUAAUUAAAUCCUAUAUUUAUAAACACAGUAACUCAUGUGUCUAAAACUAAUUUACCCAUUUUUAAGUUCAACCUUCCUUUAGGUUUUUGUAUGUACAAAUAUUUCAUUUAGUUAGUGUCUAAUGUCUCAAAAUAUCUGCAUGGUAAGGUACAUAAUUUUCAUCAUCACAUGUAAGAAAGUGCUUUGUUGAAAAACACACAACAAAUAUCGGUUGAUUUUAAAUGUGUAUUGCAGGAAGUGUGAGCUUAAUGAAAACAAGUAAGUUUGAAAAUUGUGGCUGGUGUCAUGCUAAGUUAGUAGUAUAGGUGUGAGGGAUGCUGGCUGCCCCAAGUGACUCCUUUGCACAUUCAUUAUCCUAAUAAAUCUCAUUAUAGUA